AUGUUGUUAUAUUCGCGGAAAACAAUGAAAAAACUUCGACAUGUUGUCAACCUUUUAUCGAAGCUGGCUGCAGCCUAUGGACUACGUCUAUGCCUUGAUAAAUGCAAGCAGACGUGGAUCACUUUGAGACCUCGAAUGGGAAUCAGGGUGGACGGACAACCGAUACAACUCGUCCAUGAGUUCUGUUAUCUGGGCUGUACCCUGAAGAACAACGGCAGCUACGAAAGUGAUGUUCAGCAACGAUGCGCCAAAGCCAUUUCCGCGUUUCAGUCUUUAACGAAAUGCUUGUGGUCGACCCCCAUCACCAACGACGUCAAGCUGCGAGUAUACCUAUCCGCAAUUCGCUGUAUCAUGUACAGAUCGGAGACUUGGGCAGCACCGUCAAGCGGUGAUGAUGAGGCUUGA